GACUACAAUUCUCCCUCUCAAUCUCAAUCUGCAUCUGCCCUUUUCCUAGAUUCAUUCCAAUAUCUUGCUCACCAAUUGGAUACACAUAUAUAUAUAGUAUAUACAUAGAGAGAGAAAAAAUGGAAAGUGGGUCGAGGAAGAAGAGAGGAAAUGAUCUCUUUCAUGUAAUUCACAAAGUUCCUUGCGGCGAUGGGCCUUAUGUCCGAGCUAAACAUGCUCAGCUAGUUGAGAAGGAUCCGGAGGGAGCGAUAGUGUGGUUUUGGAAGGCUAUAAACGCAGGAGAUAGAGUCGAAAGCGCCCUCAAAGACAUGGCCGUCGUCAUGAAGCAACUCAACAGACCUCAAGAGGCAAUCGAAGCCAUCAAAUCCUUCCGCUCCUUUUGCCCCAGAAAUUCCCAAGAGUCACUUGAUAACAUUCUCAUAGACUUGUACAAGAAAUGUGGAAAAGUUGAUGAGCAAAUUGUGCUUCUAAAACAUAAGCUCAAACUCAUAUAUUUAGGGGAAGCUUUCAAUGGGAAGCCCACCAAAACUGCAAGAUCUCAUGGGAAGAAGUUUCAGGUUUCUGUCAAGCAAGAAACAUCAAGAAUUUUGGGAAACUUAGCUUGGGCAUAUAUGCAAAAGUCCAACUUCCUAGCAGCAGAAGUGGUAUAUCGAAAAGCUCAAAUGAUCGAUCCGGACGCGAACAAGGCCUUAAACUUAUGCCACUGCCUCAUCAAGCAAACUCGUUACCAUGACGCUAGCUUGGUUCUUCAAGAGGUGCUGCAACACAAGCUCCCGGGCUCUGACGACCCCAAGUCGAGGAAUAGGGCCGGGGAGCUGUCGUUGGAGCUCGACUUCAAGCUGCCCAACGACCCCUCCUUCGAAGAUGAUUUUGUCUUCGAGGAUGAUUUUGUCGAAGCUCUAGAGCGUGUCAUGAACGAAUGGGCGCCUCCUAGAACGAGAAGGCUGCCGAUUUUUGAAGAGAUCUCACAGUUUAGAGAUCAGUUGGCUUGUUGAUUUUUUUAAUUGUGUUGUGUUUAUAUGAAUGAUAUGUGUAUAUGUUGUUUGGAGAUGGGAAGUUUGUGGAGAUCGAUGUAACGAAUAAAGGGUCUCAUUUGUAUUGAUGGGUGGUUGUUUUAGAUUGUGGAGUUACCCACUUCUUGAAUGGAAAACAUCUUUUGAUUGGGUA